ACAAUAUAUAUGUCAACUAAAUUCCAGUAGUUUACUCUCCGUACAUUCCCAGAUGUUUCACAUCCAUCCUGGUAAAUAAUAUUAUAUAUAUAUAUAUAACAAGAACAACAAUUCAAUACACAAAUAUUGUUGCAUAAAUUCACAUGGCAGAAGAAUUUCAGGCAGAGGUAUGCGGUGGAACAUGGUGGAGUUCACCUAGAACAACCUUCACCAGUUCACCAUUUAUGGGCAGCUAUGGAGGCUGCUGGCAAAACGAGGUAAUCAUGAACAUGAAGACAAGGUCAACCGACGAGUCGUCGGGUGGUUGUGCCACCACUAUCUCGCCGGAUUCCGCCUUUCAGACACCGUCUACAACCACCAAUUGGAAUCAAGCUUUAUUGGUAAAUGGAACAAGUGAUCAAGAGGGUUACAACCAAACCCUAUCAGAAAUCUUGAACAUUCCAGCAGGUAUGAACCAAGAACAGGCUUCAACUUUCAUUACAAGCUCUGGUGAUUGCACCGGAAACUUGGUUAGCACAUCGUAUGGUUACCCUACAAGUUUGCUACAAAAUUUAUUAUGUUCAUCGCCAGCGCCACCACCACCACUGAGGCCAGCAGCACCAGUACAACAACCACUUUAUGGUUUUCAAACAAAUUUAGAUGAUAUUGGUACAGUUUCAAGCAUGCCUAGAGGUUUACACUUGGCCAACAAGACACCUUUCUGGAACACAUCAGCGUUGGAUUUAAACGAUAAUCGAGCGGGCUUUUUCACUUCUUCGCAGUCUAGAUUCGUGUCGUCGAUGUAUGAAGAGAAACCCAAUUGUCAUAACAUCAAGACUCAAAACAAGGAAAUUCGAGACAUGGGGUCAUCAGUGAAGAAAAGUUCCGGUGAACCUACAUUCAAGCGACAACGUCUCGAAACACCAUCACCAUUGCCUACAUUUAAGGUUCGAAAAGAGAAACUAGGAGAUCGAGUCACUGCGCUCCAGCAAUUAGUUUCGCCAUUCGGAAAGACUGAUACAGCAUCUGUUCUCCAUGAAGCCAUUGAAUACAUUAAACACCUCCAUGAUCAAGUCAAUGUUUUAAGUACCCCUUAUAUGAAAAAUGGAGCUACUAUGCAAGUGCAACAAAUCAAUGACAAAAUGAAAGACAACCCGGAUGGAGCUAAACAACAAGACUUAAGGAGCCGAGGACUUUGCCUCGUGCCUGUGUCGAGUACUUUCCCUGUUGCUACCGAGAUUGCGCCCGAGUAUUGGACACCAAGUUUUGGGAGCACAUUUAAAUAAGCACUACAUAGAAGUUAAAAUUUAAAACCUUCAUAAACUUAACAUAUAUAAGCUCGUCACCGGCCCCGUUUGUUGUUAUUUAACAAGAACGGAAUCGUUCUUAAGCUUUUUCGUUAUUUUGAAUUAGACAUAUUAUUCAAAAUAACAAAAAAACUUGAAGAAUUGAAAAUAAUUUAAUUAGUGAAGAAUAUGAGCCACAUAUUGGAGUAGUGUAGUAGAAGUACAAUGAAAAAAGUUGGAAAAGGAAAGGGAAAAAGGAGGAUAUGAGAGAAAAAAAAGCUACAAAGUGACCUUUGAAGGAAGGACAACCAAUGCCAGUUUGAUGUAGGGCUAGCAAAUUAUUAGGGUUCUAUUUUAAAGAAAGAAAUUUGUUUUUUUUAUGUAAUUAGUUGUAUUUGUAGUUUAUCUUAGAGAGCUGGUUUGUGUUAGUUUGAUGAUUGCAACUUUAAGAAGUUAAAUUGUGGGAAUUUUGUUGUUGGGGAAAC